AUGGACGAAGACUGUGACGUAUCUGAGGAGUUUGUGGAGCCUUCAUUAGAGCCCAGUGUAGGACUGACAAACAGCAGUGAGUUGGCAGAUCCCCUCUACCUGAGCGGUGGGGCAUCAGGGGUUUACUGCCCCCCUAUCCCAAUCUCCCUGCUCUACUCUCAACCUCUGGUCCCAAUCCAGCCAGCACCCCCUGCGCUCCAGGCCACACACCACCCCUAUCUGCACAGUGUGCCACAAACAAACUCCCAGCCUCUGGAGAUGGAGAUAACUCAAGUCUAUUCAACAAGACGCUCAGUACGAUACAGCACGAGGGAGCGUGGACAACCCCUUGGAUAUACAGUGAUGCCAGGAUUAGAAAACAUGGACAACUGCCUCCUGCCUCCUGCACCAAAGAAGAAGACUCGCACACUCUACACUACAGAUCAGCUGGAGCACUUGGAGUCCCUGUUUGAAGAGGACCAUUACCCCGACGGGGAGAAGAGGAAAGCCAUUGCUGUUUCUGUUGGGGUCACACCACAGAGAAUCAUGGUUUGGUUUCAGAACCGCAGAGCAAAGUGGAGGAAAGCAGAGCGUUCAAUCAGUGCAAAGACGGAGCAGAAGGAGAGUGGCACUGCACCUGUCAGGAGCCCCACACACACCCACACAAACCCUCCACUGCCCACUGUGCCCCUCAACAAACCACCACCAUUUUCUGUUCACUUUGCCCCAAAACACUCUCAGAUUGCAGCCACAGCAUCCUUCCCUCCUUUGUACAGCAACGUGUCAUCCAGUCCAGGUCAGUACAGAGUUGGAGAUGGAGACCAACAGCAGCUUUCAUCUCAGAGGGGGUUAGUGGAGUACCACCCACGCCCAAUGCACAGUCCCCCUCCUGUUCGCCGGGCCAGUCUGCCUCUGUACGCCACAGCCUACGCCACUGUUAACCCCCCACUCCUGAGCACGCUGGCUCACACCCCACCUCUGUUUGUGGAUGCUCUGGAGGCAGGAUCCUCCCUCACACACCAUGACACCCAGCCUCUGCAGAGUGACACCAGUUCUCUGUUUGAUUUUGGGGAGAAACUGGAUUACCUUAGCUCAUCGCAGCAGAGCAACCUCCUCUACCAACUGCAGACAUCCUAUCCCAGUGCCCAGCCACUGCCCCGGGUGUCCUACCUCACCCCCUCCCCUUACCUUACCCCAAACCCCACAGACUCUAACCCCACUUCCUACCUGACCUUUGGCCCGGGCGCUGGCUCCACUGGUGUAGUGACCUACUCCACUGGACGUCACGCCUUCUUCCAGACACAAAGUACAGGACAAGUGCUACUACAGUCCACUGGCCCUCACGGUGCAAUUACUACUUAUCAGUCGUACCCCUGGGGCAACAUGUACAGCCAGCCCUCUCUGCACCAGCGGCCUCAAUGUCCUCCAUCGUACCCCAGUGUUGUGGAUGCUUCGCGGGACCUGCAGCUGCCCCCCACUAGCAGUGGCCCACCCUCAGUGCUGUUCAGAGAACAGCGGCCGUCACACUCACUCACACAGACCCUCCAGAGCAGCACUGCUCUUCCGCCUGUGUCCACACUCAAACCCUCCCGGCUCAGAGUGGAGACCACUCCAACUAAAUCUGCUCCUCUGCUGCCUGCUCAGCGCACAGUGGCUCAGUCUCACUCUGUAGCAGUGCCCAUCACAGCCACUGCCUUCGCUCUCCUCCAGAGCUUUCGUUCAGCCACCGCCAUCAUGACUGUGACUCCGCUCCUGAUGCUGCUGCUGGGCCUUAUGGGUGCACAGGCUAUGGACCAGCGCACAGCUGCAGCUAUGGCUGCGGGUUUGUGUAAGACGCGGCCCACAGACCUAGUCUUCAUCAUUGACAGCAGCAGAAGUGUUCGUCCAUCAGAGUUUGAACAAGUGAAGGUUUUUCUGGCCAAGGUCAUUGAGGGUCUGGAUGUGGGACCUAACGCCACAAGAGUUGGAGUUGUCAACUAUGCCAGCCGUGUGAAGAACGAGGUGUCCUUGAAGACACACAAGACCAAAGCUGGUCUUGUUAAGGCUGUGACCAAGAUCGAACCCCUGUCCACAGGAACAAUGACUGGCCUCGCCAUCCAGUUUUCACUAAAUGUUGCCUUUAGUGAAGCUGAGGGAGCUCGUAAAUCCAAUGAGAUCAGCAAGGUCGCCAUCAUUGUCACUGAUGGACGUCCUCAGGACAAUGUCAAAGACGUGGCUCAGCGCGCUCGUGAUGCGGGCAUAGAGAUCUUUGCCAUCGGAGUGGGCCGUGUGGACAUGAGCACACUUAAGCAGAUGGCCAGUGACCCCCUGGAUGACCAUGUGGACUAUGUCGAGAGCUACAGUGUUAUUGAGAAACUCACCAAAAAGUUCCAGGAGGCCUUCUGUGUGUCGGACCUGUGUGCCACUGGGGACCAUGACUGUGAGCAGGUAUGCAUCAGCACCCCAGGAUCUUUCAAGUGUGCCUGCAAAGAUGGCUUUACCCUGAUGGACGAUGGGCGCAGCUGCAGUGCCUGCAGUAACGCAGCAACAGACGUGGUCUUCCUGAUUGAUGGCUCUAAGAGUGUCCGUCCUGAGAACUUUGAACUGGUGAAAAAAUGGAUAAAUCAGAUCAUUGAUAAACUCGAUGUUUCUGACACCAAGGCUCAUGUGGGACUGGUGCAAUAUUCCAGCGCUGUUAAACAGGAGUUUCCCCUGGGACGCCACAACAAUAAGAAGGACUUGAAAGAUGCUGUGAAGAAGAUGGCAUAUAUGGAGAGGGGAACCAUGACUGGACAGGCCCUGCGCUUCCUGACUGACAGCAGCUUCAGCUUCAUGCAGGGGGCCCGACCCGGGGUCACCAAGGUGGGCAUUGUGUUCACUGACGGACGCAGCCAGGACUACAUUGGAGAUGCUGCCAAGAAAGCCAAAGAACUUGGUAUCAAGAUGUACGCUGUCGGAGUGGGAAAUGCUGUGGAAGAUGAACUCAAGGAAAUUGCCUCUGUACCAACUGGAGAACAUUAUUUCUACACUGCUGAUUUUAAAACAAUGACUCAGAUUGGCAAAAAGUUGCAGAUCAACAUUUGUCAAGAAGAAGACCCUUGUGAAUGUGACUCUCUUGACGGAGCCUGGAGCAGGAUCAUGGCCAGUGAGACCGCAGCCGGCCUCUCUCUUCAGUCUAACGGGGACAGGGCUCAGGGACACGACUCUCCCCCUCGACACAAGCCUCGAUACCAGUCGGAUUCUGAGGCAGACCUAGUUCCGACCGCGAAGAGCUUAUCUCGACUCUGCAGCAGGGACGAAGAGGAGCGGACUACGGCCAUGGAGCAGCUAUCCGACACUGUCCACCUCUGUUUGGGGUUGGAUCGCCCCGGACCCACCAAACUCAGCCAGAAAACGCUCCUGCAUCUGCUCCGAUUAUCACGGUCAUGUCCCCUGCGUGAGGUCCGUGAGAAGACCACAGAGCUGCUCCAGUCUGCGCAGGACCAAGGUGUAGAAGUACCUCGUGCGUUGGCUUCAGGUCCCAGUGCCUUCAUACCGGCAAAACAAAUCUUGCAAGAGGGACUCGAUCAGGACAUCCUUAUUGAAUCUUUCCUUUCACUGGGUCGGGUUGACCACAUCACAAUGGUCAUGGCUUUUCACCCAGCCUACCUCAGCUGCUUCCUGAGAACACAGCAUGCUCUGUUGGAGAUAGAUGGGCCUUUGCCGCGUCACUGGAGACAUUACCUUGCUGUUAUGGCUGCAGCACGGCACCAUUGCUCAUAUUUGGUCCAACAGCACAGCGCGAGUUUCCUAGAGGUGGGAGGCGAGGAGAGCUGGCUCAGUGGCUUGGAGCAGGCUCCGAUCAAACUGCGCAGCCUUCAGACUCUCAACAAACUGAUGGCACACAGACCAUGGCUCAUCACACAGCAGCACAUCCAGGCGCUGGUGUGUCCUGGGGCAGAUCCUCGCUGGUCUUUGGCUGAGCUCAUACAUGGCAUCGUGGUAUUGGCACACGCUCAUUCACUUUGCUCGUUUGUGUGGGGCUGUGGCCUGAAUCCGGAGUCAGACCAUGUUGGAGGCUUCACCUUCCAGCCCUCGUCUCCCUCUCAGGUCCCACGAAGUCCUCAUAGUCCUGCUCAUGAGGAUGGCAGGCAAGAGCUGGUGGAUGGUGCAAUGGAGGUGGAGGUGCUGAUGAAGAGGAUGGUGGAGUUACAGCAGCAGGAGGAAGAGUACUCUCAGGAGGAGAUCAUCACACGCUUUGAGAGGGAGAGGAGUGAAAGCAUUCCCACUGCUGUGGUCCGUGGAGCUCCUCCUGACCUGGUGCGGUGCCUGGUGGAGGAUCCAGAGUUCAAAUAUGAGGACUUUGCUCCCAGAGGAGAACAGUCUCCUACCACCAUGAGAGCACAGGACUACUCCUGGGAGGACCAUGGCUAUUCUCUGGUCAACAGACUUCUGCCUGACAUGGGACAGCUUUUGGACGAGAAGUUUCAGGUUGUUAGUAACAUGACUUAUCACCGGAUGGCGAUGCACGAAGGUGUUGAUACGCACACUCUGAGGAAGGCUUUGUGGAAUUACAUCCAUUGUCUUUAUGGAAUUCGAUACGAUGACUACGAUUAUGGCAGUGUCAACGUCUUGUUGGAGCGCUCUCUCAAAGUGUUUGUGAAGACUAUGGCCUGUCACCCGGAGCAGACCACGGCACGCAUUUACCACGACUUCUGGAUACUCUUCAGACACUCUGAGAAGGUUCAUGCUAACCUCAUCGUGAUGGAGGCGAGGCUCCAGGCCGUUCUGCUGUACACAUUACGAGCCAUAACACAUUACAUGAGAUGA